CUGCCAAGCGCGGGCCUGGCGUCGACGAGCUCUGGAGAGACAAGACUGCCGGCGAUUCCGUCCGUGGGAACGCCGCUCUCCUGCCAGUUCGACAUACAGCUCAGCUAUGCUGUCGUACAAGCCAGGAGACCUGAUCGUCUCGUCUACUCCGUUCGCAUACGUGGUGGACCCACUGAAUGGAGCCGGCCGGGUGUGCGAUUACUGCUUCAGGAGGAGUGAGAGCCUCAAGCCCUGCGCCCGGUGUCGUGUGGCACACUACUGCAACAAGCUGUGCGAGGCGUCAGCCCUGUCCGAGCAUCUGCCUGAAUGCUGCUACUUCGAGGAAGUGUUUCCCUACAUUCCAGACGUCACCGUGCGCCUUCUCACUCGUAUGGUACACAAACUGCAGAAAGAACGGAUGAAGGACUGCAAGGAGAUGGUGCAGGGUGACAUGCGGACGCUCGAACAGAUGGAGUCGCACUCGAAUGACAUAAUGAACGACGCGGUAAUGCUGCCAAAGUUCCAUGCCAGCUGGGCCACCGUCAAGUACAUUUUAGGGGAGGAAAACGUGCCUUCCUUGCUCGACGGGCUGGAAAUAUUCGGCAAGAUGGUAAUCAACAGGUUCUGCAUAACGGACAGCGACUUAAAGCCAGUCGGUCAAGGCCUGUACAUCGGGGCAUCCAUAUUUGAUCAUUCCUGCGACCCGGAUGCGGCCUACGUGUUCCAAGGAACGCGUCUCACGAUCAGGGCAACCAGGAGCCUUAGCGUGAACAGCGUGCGAGAGAUAUACAUCUGCUACGUGGACAGGCUUCUUCUCAAAGAGGACAGGAUAGCAGCGCUGCAGAGGCAGUACUACUUCACCUGCAACUGUGUCUUCUGCCAGGAGGAUGCGACGGAUCAAUUUACCGAGAAGUGGAGCGGCUUGACAGAGUGCGUCCGCAACCUGCAGCUGGAGCUAGACAGGGCAGAGAGCAAGGCCGACGUCGAGCGCAUCUCGAGCCGGUGCCGCGAGAUUCUGGAGUGCCAGUGCAAACAGCUGCCCUCCAAUGAUGUUGCCAAGGUGGAGGCCCUACUGCUGGGAUUCCAGUGCAGCACCAGGCUGGCCACUCACGCCGAAGCCAUCAGCUUGGCACUUCAGGUCAUGGAGAUGUUGAGAUAUAAGCAACUGGUCUGUAUCAAGGACCUUCACUGGAACGAGUUCCAAGGGGUUUGCUAUGGCACGUACAGCCCCAUCUACGGCCUUCAUCUAAUGCACAUCGGAAAACUGUACAACGCUUCCGGAGACAAUGCGAGCGCAGAGAACUUCUUACAAAUGGCAAGCUCAAGCAUCUCGAUCAGCCACGGCACGACACACGCCACUUAUCGCGACCUUCAGCAGCUGCGAAAGAUGAACCGCAGAGGCAUUCCUGGUGGCUGCAAAUGACGGAUUGCGACAGGACAGCGCUCGCAACGAGUCGACAAACAGUAGACGGACAGUUCUCCCACCCACGCACAAGUACAAAAAUGUUCGGCUAAAAUAGUUAAUCGUAUACUUCAAUUCAGUUUUCAAUUUAUUUCGCUAUCUGCACAAAACGUCAUACCUAUAUAUAGGAGCCCGCGGUAAAAACUAUGGAUAGUUUGACAAUGCCGUGGACACCCACAACUAAUACCUUGACGGCAUCGCAGCCACAUGAAAAGACAGCUUAAAAAACAAUUCACCCAACGGAAAACGGUAAUACAAUAUAAGCUGAAACAAUACAAGAAAAUGCGACAAUAAGGAGCAAAGAAUAAAUCAAAGACAGUAUAAUACAACUCCAUGAUGUAUGUAGCGGAUACUGAAUGAAAAACACCAAAAUGAAACAUCAGGUAAAAUAUAAUCAGAAUACAUGCUCAUCAUGUUUUAAGAGUAACCUCCCACCAGUGAUGAUGAGGAAUAAUGUAAAUGCGGUCAAUCAAUGGCAAAAAGGACUUACGAGUGAAAACAUUCGUAAAUUUGGCCCCUGUUUGUGUACAGUUGAUUAAUGGCAGACAGAUAUGGUUUUGUUACGUCAGACCUUGGUGCAAACGCGGAAGCAACACACAAAACCCACCCGUUUGUGGUUUCUACCACACGUCCAAAGCAACAACCAUCUUGUAAGCUUUGGUCCUGCUACAACUUUUGUUUUGUUUUAGUUGUUCCAAUAAAAAGAAGUCACCUAACAAAA